UAAACGGGGUGACGUGGCAUCGUUAACGUGGGAUUACUGUAGCUUAAUUAUCCGGGCGUCACACUGAUGUACUUAAAAAAGCAUACAAAACUAUAGAAAGAUGGAUUCUUGAUUGUCACCAAGCAGGUAUUCUUACGUGGCUCCAAUCAAAUCACCGAUGUAUGGAUUCACUUAAAUCACUUGUAUUAUCUAUAGGUUACCCUGUAAUUAACCAUAUAAAAGUUCUUGCUGAUUAUAAAAUAUAUGCUUCUUUUUACUACAAUGUAAAACAUGUAUUUUUAUCGGUUAUUUGUGCGGCACCAUCUACAAGUGUAUGUAAACAUGUUUAUGAACUCAAGUUAAUUGAUGUGGACUCAAGUGUCCUGAUAGAAGGAACUACCCCUCCAAAUUAGGUAAAGAAGAUGGUUGGUCAUCUGUUUGCAAAAUGUUUGCAAAAUUUGAGUUGUUGCAUGCUACUUGCGUGUAUGAAAGAGAUAAUGCAAUUCGCAAUAUGUUAAUACUCCAUUGUCAAGUACAGAUAACCAUUUCGCGGGCAUGCCUAACCAUGCCUAUGACAAUAUCUGAAACUUACUGGUAAUAUGCCUAACUAUGUGCCAAACUGACAUGAUAACAUGUUCUACUUAUAUAGUUCUGUUUUUAAGUUGUGCUGUUUGGAUCCUAUAUUUGAGGAUUUAAGUUUCAGCUACUUAAAACUAAUACUACUGUUUUUUUCUUUAUAUUUUGUUAUUUUGCCUUUCUGCCAUUUCUUAAUAGUUGUUGAGAAUUCUUUCUUACACACUUCACACUUUUCAGGGAAACAAAGACUUAAGUGAUGUUACUCAUGUUGUAGUAGAUGAAGUACAUGAACACACUGUUUUGUUUUGUAUGCGGGGAUCAUAAGAUGAGAAUGAAAGCGGGGAGGUGCCAUUUCUUUUCGUCAUCAGAUCCCCUUUGCUCGCCGCUGCAUAGACUUAUGACUUGAAUCAGAAGUCGUAAUUUCAUUUCGAUUUUCAUCUAAUAACCAGUACAUAGCUUCAUGCUCCAUGGAUAAAAUUGUGAGAGUGUUGGAGAUCUCUAAAGGCACUUGUAUCAGAGUCGUAUAUGGAGUUUCUUCCCAGCUAUGCAUCUGCUUUCAUCCUGCAAUUAAUUUUAGCACGGGGAGAGUAAUCAGCAAACUCACCUAUGACAAUGCGGUUACAGCGUUGGAUAUCGACCACACUGGUCAACUUAUUUUUGCUGGUGAUGCGCAGGGUUACAUAUACACUAUUAGUGUGAACUCUCACACAGGGUCUUUAUCUAGAACUCAUAAGAACAAGAGUUGUAAGAUCAAAUCUUCCGUUACAACCAUCCGCAUUGCAACAAAUUCCCAUGGAUACUUGACUCUCAUAUGCUCUCUAAAAUUGGCUUCACCAGUGCAGAAUAUCCGUGCUUCUUUCUGUCCACUUCUUUCCCUUGAGAAAGGGGAAUUCAUAGUUACUGGCAGUGGAGAUUCAAAUGUUUACUUCUAUGAUUUGGCUCGGCCAAAGAAUUCAUGUGUAAAUAAACUGCAGGGACACGGCUCUCCAGUAAUGGGAGUAGCCUGGAAUCACGGGGAAAAUUUGCUCGCCUCAUCUGAUUCAGACGGUACAGUUAUUGUAUGGAAACGAGCAAAAACUAAUUAGAGUGAACGCCACAUCUCGAGGAUGCUUGUAUACAGCAAUUAUAGAGGCUGAUACAUUGUCCUAACAGAGACAUUGCCUAGCGCGCAUUGUACCCACCACCAUGUUGUUUGUAACAUACCACAAGGCUUGGGCAAGAAGAUGGACCGGUCUUUGAUUAUAUUUACAGAAGUAUAGGUCUCCCAUUAAAGUGCAAAUCGAUUUUUUUCCGGUGUAUCUUGUUCAUUUCAUGUUUUUGCCCCCAAUUACAUCGAUUUUGUUGUUCAAUGUUGAAAGGUAUAGUGGAAACAGUACCCUGGGUUUUCAAAAUCCAUUUGGUACAUCAUGAUGUUACUCUUCAAAGCAAAAUUUAUGAACUGAAAUGGAAUGUAUUCGAUAGGUUCA